AUGGAAGAAAAAUUAAAUGUAACAUAUUUAAUUUUUGGUGGACAUGUGGAACUUCACAAAUAUGGAUACCUUUAUUUUUUGGUUGUUUUUACUGUAUAUAUUCUAAUAAUCUGCAGUAAUUCUACUAUUGUGUACCUGAUCUGGAACCACCAAGACCUCCAUGAGCCUAUGUACAUUUUCAUUGCAGCCUUGUUACUGAACUCUGUUAUUUUCACCACUAAUAUUUACCCGAAGCUGUUGGUCGACUUUUUAUCUGAAAAACAGAUCAUAUCUCAUCAAGCCUGUCUUGUUCAGUUUUAUAUGUUCUAUACGUUAGCUUAUUCGGAGUUCUUACUGUUGGCAGCCAUGGCCUAUGACAGAUAUGUGUCUAUAUGUAAACCUCUGCAAUAUCCGACCAUCAUGACAAAAAAAGCUAUCGUGAUCUUUCUGGCUUUAUCUUGGCUGAUACCUGCAUGUCAUCAUGUGGGAAUAACAAUAUUGAUUGCUAAUCAAAAACUUUGUAGCUUUACUUUGAAAAUCAUUUUUUGCAAUAACUCAAUUUACAACCUAUUCUGUGUACCUUCACGAGCAAUAUCCAUAUAUGGUGUGUUCUGUUUUGUAGAUGCUGUUGUUGUUCCUGUGGUCUUCAUACUUUUCACAUACACCAAAAUACUUAUAAUAUGUUAUCACAGUAGUGGAGAAGUCAGGAGAAAAGCUGCACAGACCUGUGUUCCUCACCUGCUGGUGUUGGUCAACUAUUUUAUUCUAAUAUUAUAUGGUCUUAUUACAGCUCGAAUUGAAUCAGAUAUUCCAAACACAGCACGUUUAGUAAUGACUUUACAAAUAGUUUUGUAUAACCCUCUGUUUAAUCCAAUUAUAUAUGGACUGAAAAUGACAGAAAUUUAUAGACGCCUCAAGAGGUUGUUCUGUCGAGACAAAAUGAACUAA